AUGGUACGCGCGUUCUCUAAACGGACAGAAAUAGCCGACAAAAAAGUCGCCGCUCGCGACAUGUGUCUGAGUCGCGCGACAAAAACACGACGGGCGGCCUAUCUUCAUACACUGAUGUACCAAGGCGUCUUGAUAGAGCACCAGCCAUUUCUAUCUCGGGAAGCCAUUUUUCAUCUGCUGCGGUGCUUCAAACCUAGAAUCAAAUACCGACCUGAAUUGAUUGCUUGGCAUAAAUAU